UCCCAGCGCCCGGACCAGGUCUGCCAACGGUCACUGCCCAUCCUAGCCGCCAUGAGCCACCCGUCGGGCCUCCGGUCCAGCAUCACUUCCACCUCCUACCGCCGCACCUUUGGGCCACAGCCCUCACUGUCCCCUGGGGCUUUCUCCUACUUAUCCAGCUCCCGCUUCUCCAGCAGCCGCCUGCUGGGCUCGGCGUCCCCCGGCUCCUCCGUGCGCCUGGGCAGCUUCCGCGGUACCCGGGCGGGUGCGGGCGCCCUCCUGCGCCUGCCCUCGGAGCGCCUCGACUUCUCCAUGGCCGAGGCCCUCAACCAGGAGUUCCUGGCCACACGCAGCAACGAGAAGCAGGAGCUGCAGGAGCUCAACGACCGCUUCGCCAACUUUAUUGAAAAGGUGCGCUUCCUGGAGCAGCAGAACGCGGCCUUGCGCGGGGAGCUGAGCCAGGCCCGAGGCCAGGAGCCGGCGCGCGCCGACCAGCUGUGCCAGCAGGAGCUGCGGGAGCUGCGGAGGGAGCUAGAGCUGCUGGGCCGCGAGCGCGACCGGGUGCAGGUGGAGCGCGACGGGCUGGCGGAGGACCUGGCAGCACUCAAGCAGAGGCUGGAGGAGGAGACGCGCAAGCGGGAGGACGCGGAGCACAACCUCGUGCUCUUCCGCAAGGACGUGGACGAUGCCACCCUGUCCCGCCUGGAGCUGGAGCGCAAGAUUGAGUCUUUGAUGGAUGAGAUUGAAUUUCUCAAGAAGCUGCACGAGGAGGAGCUAAGAGACCUGCAGGUGAGCGUGGAGAGCCAGCAGGUGCAGCAGGUCGAGGUGGAGGCGACCGUGAAGCCCGAGCUGACGGCAGCGCUGAGGGACAUCCGUGCCCAGUACGAGAGCAUCGCGGCGAAGAACCUGCAGGAGGCAGAAGAAUGGUACAAGUCCAAGUACGCGGACCUGUCGUACGCCGCCAACCGGAACCAUGAGGCCCUGCGCCAGGCCAAGCAGGAGAUGAAUGAGUCCCGACGCCAGAUCCAGAGUCUGACGUGCGAAGUGGACGGGCUUCGCGGCACAAACGAGGCGCUGCUCAGACAGCUGCGAGAGCUGGAAGAGCAGUUUGCCCUGGAGGCCGGUGGGUACCAGGCGGGCGCCGCGCGGCUCGAGGAAGAGCUGCGACAGCUAAAGGAGGAGAUGGCGCGACACCUGCGAGAGUACCAGGAGCUCCUUAACGUCAAGAUGGCCCUGGACAUCGAGAUCGCCACCUACCGGAAGCUGCUGGAGGGCGAGGAGAGCCGGAUCUCCGUGCCAGUCCAUUCCUUUGCAUCCUUAAGUGUAAAGACGACUGUGCCUGAGGUGGAGCCUCCCCAGGAGAGCCACAGCCGGAAGAUGGUUCUGAUCAAAACCAUUGAGACCCAGGAUGGGGAGCAGGUGGUGACAGAGUCCCAGAAGGAGCAGCGCAGUGAGCUGGACAAAUCUUCUACUCACAGCUACUGAUCUCAUUGUUCCAGAGCUCCCUGACCCUGCCCUAGGCCUCUAAACCCAAACCCUAAUACCAGUCCUGAAUGAGUCUCCUCCUUCUCCGCAUGUGUCUAGGGGAUGGCACCAGUCACCCCUUCCCUGGUUGUGGCCAGGCCCUACCCAGCACUAUAGCUGGGUGUCUCCCUGCUUCUCCAUGCCCACAUAAACAUGAUUUGUAUGCUCCCUACUUCUUGUCCUGGUAAGAGUCUAUAUGUUCCCCAUGUCUUGUCCUGGUAAGCGGCUGAUGAUCCCCAAGACAAGUAUACUCCUGCCAUGAUCCAAUGAUUAGUGAGUGGGCCAGGGUCUGAAUUUCACUUUUAAAUUAAAUAAAACUGCUAUCAAGAGAACCCUC